AUGUUCAAAAUCCCUUUUCUCGUCUCCCUUUGCUUGAGCCUCCAAAUUGCGAUAACUCCUCCCAAUCCCCCGCCACAACCCAAUGAACACCUAUUGGUCUCAACCCCUUUCGAGUCGCUUCUCAAACAAAGACUGGGGCCCAUUAUCGUCAAGUGCCUCUGUUGGAUCGUUGCAUUCGUUGAGUCAGCAGUAAUAAUCGCACAAAACUUGCCCGACUGGCGCUAUUCCGCUCAUAUUGUCUCUGCUUUCUCCUUCAACGGACGCUCCAACCCGACAAUCAGGAUUUCACCUCUAUUCGUCUUUGGGAUAUAUCUAACGCUUCUUGGAGCGGCGUUGAGAGCGUGGUGUUAUAGGGAACUUGGUAUUUGA